AUACUGGUGCCUGGCUAAAAGGGUCCCUUUUUUCGGUCGCCUUUACCCGUCUUCUUACAGGCGGACGUACGUAUCGUAUCGUGUCGUAUGCUGCUUUUAUUAUACUUACGUACGUUAGAAAUUAUAAACGAAUCGGUUCGACGCCACAAACAGUCUGUUCCGGACGGCUUAUUCGUGCAGCUCGCGCGCGUAUUUAUGCUCUGUGUAUAUUCUAGUCGUUUUUUUUGCUGCUAACGUUCGUCUCUUAGAUGUGAGCCUGGGCUGAAUUGUAAUUGUAAUAUUAAGUUUUCAGCAUAACCCAAAAUUAAUUAGAGCACUGGUGCCGAAGUGUGAUGUGAGCUAGCUGUUGCGAAUCAUCUGGAGAAUUGUGGAUUGUACUUCUUUGUACCCAGCCAAGCCCUUCCUGGUCGAGAUUUCGGAGUAUGUUGUGUGGAAACAGCGCAGCAGUUAUAUAGUUGUUUAUUGGUCCUAAUUGAAUAAUACGACACAUCAGUAGUGGCUGAUCCGUCGAGUGUCGAGUCAAAUACAAAGAGUGGACUGACUGUGCCUGUACCUGUGUAGUUAGUGGCCACCAAAUGGUCACAGAAAGUGAAACUACCGUUUGGUGAAAAAAGGACGAAAAAUUCCCUCGAGGGUAGGGUGCUUUUGGUAAAUUUAUCCACGACCAGCACACAUCAAAUCCUGGAGAUGGCCAGCUACUUUGAGAUAUUUCUUAUCUGUGGCAUAAUUCUGCUGCCCAUCUGUUACGAAACGUCCCAAAAAUUCCGAUACCGUUUCAAGUUCUUCGUGUACUAUGCGGUGGUGCUAAUAAACUCCCUCUUCGUGAUCCCUGCUAUGAUGUUCCGUCCGAAGGACGUUCGCAACCUGAUAUGGGCUGGAACUGUAUGUCGUCCAAUUUCAGCCGUCCUCGGGCUCAAAUGGGAACUUCGCGGGGCAGACAUCCUGUCUCGAGAUGAAGCCUACAUCAUCGUUGCCAACCAUCAGAGCUCGCUCGACAUUCUCGGUAUGUUUGACUUCUGGCACGUGAUGAACAAAUGCACGGUCAUAGCAAAGAAGGAGCUGCUUUACACCGGCCCCUUCGGAUUGGCAUCCUGGCUGUGCGGAUUGAUCUUUAUUGAUAGGAAGAAUGCCGAAAGGGCUCACGCUUCUAUGAACGAUUGCACCGACAUGCUGAAGGAGAAACGCAUUAAGCUGUGGGUAUUCCCGGAAGGAACGCGUCGAAAUACUAAUGAAAUCCACCCGUUCAAGAAGGGUGCAUUCCACGUGGCAGUUCGGGCCCAGAUUCCGAUCAUGCCAGUUGUGUAUAGCUCGUACGGAUCAUUCCUGGACGACAAAGCAAAGAUACUGAACAACGGCCAUGUGAUUGUGACCACACUGGAACCUAUCGAAACCAAAGGCCUAACCUGUGACGAUAUUCCGGACCUGAUGGACCGGGUUCGAAAUGUCAUGAUCGAAACCUUCAAGGCCACCACCAAGGAAGUGGAAAAUAAGUACUCCGUCAACGGUAACGGUGCCAACAACGGGUUGAACGCAUCUAAAUCGCGGCUGCGAUGCAUCGAUGAUCUCAUUAAGCCAAAGUUACCCCAAACCAUUAAGAGCAGCAGCAACAACGUCAAAUCGGCAACAACUGCAGACGGACAAGAAAUCCACCGACGGAAGGAGUAAUGUCCACUGCUAACGAACGUGACAAUUCUAGAUAAUGCAACUGGUGUGUGAUAAAAGUGUGUAUUUUGAUCGAAAUGUUUGUUCCCGCUGAAAAAGGGAACAGAGCUUCGAACUAGAGGUUGGAUAUGGUACUGAAAUUGUCCGUUGAGGAUCAACAGACAAAUGACGAUAGACAGUAACAUUUUUUAGAUGGAUUGAUCUGAUGCAAGCGCACCAGAUAGCUUUUGUUAACUUUUUUCUUAUUUAUUUUUACAUAAAAAACUGUUUUAUCGUUUAAUUUAACGUUGUAAAGUACUGCAAACCCAUAGUUCGAUAUUUAUUAUCAAUCAUAAUCGCAAAGCAACAACAGUCAAUCAAUGUUUUAGUUAUCGUUAACAAAUACUGCCUUAUUUAUUUUGAAUCCAAAUUAUUGGUCUAGAAUGAACCAAAACAAAACCAAAUCAAAUUGUUGAUUUGUACGAUUUUAAUGUGACAUGAUCACUUAAAAUCAACCUAUAACGGACACAUGGAAAUGCGAAGCUUGCAUUUAAAAAAAAAACAGUUUCAAUUCUAUUUCAAUUUGAAAUUAUGUGUAUUUUCAACAACAAUUAACAAACAUUAUUUAUGAGAACAUACACAAAAUGCAAAUCAGAGUAGCAAAUAGUCAAGAAGUUUGAAGUUGAAAAUUUUCUUUUAAAGUUUGUGGCGCAAUAAAUAUUUAAAAAAAAUAACAAAAGUAAAAUUCCAAUCAUAUACACACAUACUUAAUUCCGUAUUCAUAUGUUAUUCUGAUGCCUCACGACCUAUGGCCAAUUCACACAACUACCGGCAGGUUUAGGGUUAAAUCUCAACUCUCGUCGUCAGUAUUUAAAGAAGGGAAAAAUGGUAGUUGAUUUCGAAACCGAUGCAAAAAAGUCAACUAUUUUAAAGAGAAAGGAGGUUAUGAAAGUGAACCAUUGUAAGAUACCUAUAUUCACCAAUGUAUUUAUUAGUUUUGUAAAGCAGUCGAUGAUCACUUUGCGUGAACUUCUUGUUAAUUUUUAUUGUCAUCUAUCGGAGAAAUGAUUGGAUUCCCGUACAAAUAUCUCCCACAGUUCGAAUUAUCGAAAUAGACAUUC